AUGUCCUUCGGUAGGCAUGCCUAUAGGCAUGCCUCUUACUCCGUGACAGCACCGUUCAUCACCGACCACGUCUGGAUCAGCGACGACUUCCUCGCGACGACAUUCCGACGGUUCGCGAAUGGUGGUAGCGCUGGGCGAAAGCAGCAGCGGCGGUAUGAGAGCCGGGCCCCGGGUCCGUUGGAGGCGAGGAGGCGGUUGGCGAAGAGGAGGAAUACGGCCUUGGCGAGUAUUGCGGGGUCUGGGCCGUUGGGGGAUAUUUCGUGUUUGUUUGGGAGGAAUGGGAGGGAGCAUAUGAAGUGGACGUAUACGAGGGGGAGGAACGGGGAGGAGGCUCAGGCGCGGGUGGAGCAGGGUCAAGGCAUGCAGCCUUCGGCUUCCCUGGGUGAUGGUUUUCCGUUCUAUGAGAAGAAUACUGGUCCGAGUGGAAGGGGCGGCUGGCCGGUUGAAGUUGGGAUAAACGAUAGUGCUGCUCGUGAGAAAUAUCUGGAAGAAUACCUGGAGAGCAAUUGGUCGACGACGGCCAUCAAGGGGGUCCUCAAUGAGUUGGAUAUCAAUUUGCAGCGUGAGCCGGCUUACAGUCGCAAGAUAUUCAGCUAUCUGCUCGCCAAAUCGGUCCAUACAAGAGCAGUUGACCAAUCGUUGUUUCGUUUCCUGGACGAUUUAACGUUGAAUAUCAGAGGUGCCGGCAACUACACGGCUGUCGUAGAGCAUCUUGCCCGUCAUGAGAUUCGGUUAAACCAAAGAAGUGGUUGUCUCAGUGCGAUUGCUCGUGCGCUGGAACUUGGAAUAAUUCCGCCUGAUGAGGUUCGCGCCAUUGUUAAGUCUAUUCCGAAGAUUCGCGGGGCCAAGCUGGAUCCGAAGUACAUGAUUGAAUGGUACCGGCAAAUGUGGGAUGCAAUUGGUCGCUGCGACGUAUUUACGCAUGGCGAUUUGGAUGCGGAGACUGUGGAUGCAUGGCUGGAGAUACUGGAGCAGCGGCACUCAGCUGCAGGCAUGGAUUUGGCUUUGGAAAUUAUCCUGGCAACUCACGGAUCGGAUUCUAGUUGCUCGUGGGUACCGAAGUUCAUCAUGGGAUGGUUGGAUCUGCAAAUAAAGACGGGUUCUGAAGCCGAUGGAACUUUUGUCGCAGAGCUCUUGAACCAUUUUAACCCAGAUGUCGCGUCGGAGUAUAUGAUCCGUGUAACUGAAAGCCUGACUUCUUCAGAGAAAGAUCACCAUAGGAUGUUGCUGCUGGAGAGGUGGCAAGACUGUUUGCUCGAGCUUCAAGAUGUCAGAUCUUUUAUUUGUUCACCAGUCUGGUUGGACUUAAAUCCGCAGAAUGCUGCAACACCCAACAACAACGUGCCAGAAAUUUCAACAGACCAUCAGAUUAUUCUCCGCCUCUGGGUUCUACGGACUUUGAGCGAACACUUCGGACCGCCUUGGAAACGUUCGAAACACGUUGAUGCACCUAUAACCCAACUCUUCGACCAGUACGAAUAUAUAACCAAACAAGCAAGGGACGGAGACUUCCUAAGCAAACUUAUGAAAGACAUCCACGACUUGGACAUCCCCUUCAGCGGCCUAAUGAUGCUAGCCGUCGACAUGAAGGUCCGAAAGAACAUGACCAAAGCAACCCGCAAAGCCCUACAACGACUAGAACGCUCGCGUGUCUCGUUUGCAGAUCUCUUCACAGACCUGCACACAUACAAUUCCAGCAAAUCGCUGUUUUUCAGCUCUUUCGAACAAACGGUAUGCCAGGUCGAUGUCUCCAGCUUAGCAUUUACCAACCACGUCGUGCAUCUCGCCAAAACCGGAGACUCGAAAAGCGUCUGGACACUCAUCCGUCUCCUUCGCGCUCAUACACCACUUAAAGUCUCCCUCGCCAAGUCCUGGCCCGUCUCUGAUUCUCCUGAACAACCCAACAUCAUCCCCAAUACAACAUCAAAACCCCAGCCCAACCUCCCAAACCCCCACGAUGCCCUCGAAAUGAUCCACAUCCUCGCCAUUGUCCUCUCCUGCUCCAGAAACCUCACCCCGCGCCGCUCUUUUCAUCUCAUCCACUGGCUCUACAAUUUCCUAAUGACGCAUAAUGCGCCCGUGAAGCCUUCGCUUGUGCGUGCUAUGUAUCAUGCGGGGAUUAUCAGAUACCAGAGGGAAGGGUUGAGGGUAGCGUCCACGAGGUAUUUGUAUAUUUGGGAGUUGGUGAAGAAGUUUGAGGAUGCGGAGGUCGCGAAGGAGUUGAUGGAGGGGCCGAGAUACGGAGUUUCGAGGAUAGGUGUUGAGGAGGAUGAGUAG